AAGACACUCAACAGUGUAGCGAGAUGGGAGACCAGCGCGAAUACCUGCCCUCCUCCGAACAGUCACUCGAUAUAGAGAUCAUCAGAAGUCGAAUGAAAGAGCUCUCAGGAAUUCACAGAAGCUCCAAAGAUAUUUCCGUAAUGUCCCCUAAAGAUUCCGAGAAAUUAAAAGAUUUUGUUCUCCAUCUCGGGAAUGCAGAGAAUCAGAUUACGUCCGAGUUGUUGGGUUUUGAUUCCUUAGCUCCUGAAGAAUUGGAUGCCUACUUGGAAAACACGACAGAAGAGCUAAAACUGGUGGAAGCUGAAAAUGUGAAGAUUUCUAAUGAAAUUGAGGUUCUUACCAAAACCUAUAUCGAAGAUUCCACUCGAUUGGAGAGUGAUCUUGACAGUUUGAGUAAUUCAUUGGAGCUCAUUGAGCUGCAGGGUCUGCAAAAGCUACAAGGGAAUGGACAUAUUGGGUGCUCAAUAUCUGAAGAAAACCAAGAAGCACCUGGAGAUUAUAAUUUCGAGAUUUUGGAACUUGAACAUCAGAUUGAGGAGAAAAAAUUUGCUUUAAGCACUUUGCAGGAUCUUGAGUCCAUUUUUAGAAGGGUUGAAGCAAUUCAACAGAUUGAAGACAGAUUGACAGGUCUGAAGAUUAUUGAUUUCGAAGGAAACAAUAUCAGAUUAUCUCUGAAGACAUUCAUUCCAGUCUCAGAGGGCUUAGCUUGCCAACAGAAAAUGGAGAUCAGUGAGCCAUUGAUACAGGAACAUGAGUUAUUAAUAGAAGUUAUAGAUGGGACUAUGGAGUUAAAGAAUGUGGAGAUAUUCCCAAAUGAUGUAUUCAUAGGUGAACUUAUUGAUGCUGCAAAGUCUGUCAGGCAGUUUUCCUCAUCAUUUUCAGUACUUGAGCUGAGGUCUUCAUUGGAGUGGUUUGUAAGAAAAGUGCAAGACCAAAUCCGGUUAUGUACUCUAAGGCGAUUAGUAGUGAAGUAUGCAAACAAAUCAAGACACUCCUUUGAAUAUUCGGACAAAGAUGACACACUAACAGCUCAUAUGGUUGGUGGAAUAGAUGCUUUCAUAAAGAUUUCUCAAGGUUGGCCAUUGUCAAAUUUGCCAUUAAAGCUGAUAUCCCUCAAGAGUUCAGAUAAUCAUUCAAAGGGAAUUUCAUUAAGCUUUCUCUGCACAGUUGAGGAAUUGGUGAACUCCCUGGAUGUGAAUGUGCGGCACAAUCUUUCAGGCUUUGUCGAUGCUAUUGAAGAAAUACUACUCCAGCAAACACGUUCAGAGCUCGAAUACAAACGUAUUCCUCAACAAUGAAUAUCUGCCCUAAUGUUCUCCUUAGUGUUGGCAUUAAGCUGAUCGGUGAGGCCUAAAUUAUUUAGUCCUUGCAU